AAACAAAGAAAAGAAGAGGAGGAGGAGGAAGAAGAAGAAGAAGAAGAGGAGGAAGAGGAGGAGGAAGGCAAAUAGAAAAAAAAUAUAAGAAGAAUUUGAAAACGAAGAAAGAAAGAAAGAAGAAGAAGAAGAAGAAGAAGAGGAGGAGGAGGAGGAAAAGAAGAAGAAGAGGAGGAGGAGGAUGAAUGAAAUUAUGAUAAAGAGGAAGAAGAAGAAAUGGCAGAAAAAUUAUUAUUAAGAAAGAGAAGAAGAAGAAGAAGAAGAAGAGGAGGAGGAGGAGGAGGAGGAGGAGAAGGAGAGGAAAGAAGAGGAAGAGGAGGAAGAUGAUAACUAACAAGAAGAAGAAGAAGAUGAUGAUAACGAAUAUUUAAGAAGAAGAAGAAGAAGAGGAGGAGGAGGAGGAGAAGAAAUGAACGAAGGAAUUAGAAGAAGAGGAAGAGGAAGAGGAGGAGGAAGAAGAAGAAGAAGAUAAUGAAGAGGGAAGAACAAGAAGAACAAGUGGGGCGUGGCGAUGGCGGUGGUGGUGCUGGCCGUGCUGUCAGCCACCUCAGCACGCCCGCAGGACCGUAGACGACUGCUGUUUGGCGGCCGGAAUAGAUCAAACUUACUAUCAUCACGCCGCAAUGCCGCCACAUCCACCACCACUGAGGCGCCCACGCUGGAGACUCAGGACGCUGAAGACACGCAGGAUACCCCUAACGAGCAGUCCUUCACCCCUGCCAACUCUAGGCGCAGGAGGCCAUCUUUUAGGCCUAGUAUCAAAUUUGGUCCCCGGAUAGGCCAGGCAAAGAAAGACGCAUCGACUACUACAGAGGCCCCAGUCCCAGAGGUCCCAGAAGCCCCAGAGGUCCCAGAAGCCCCAGAGGUCCUGGAGGUAUCUGAAGCUGAGAUCCUUACAGCACCGAGGCCUGGGGAGGAGUUCGUGGCCUUCCAGAGUCCUGAUAUCGGCCAGGUAUCUUCUGACGUCGCUGAAGAUGCCGUUCUGACUGCCAAGGAUGGGGAGGUUGUUCUGGUUCCUACCCACGACGUCACCUUGAAGGAUGCCCAAGGAUUCCAUGAGGAUGUCCCCCUUGAUGGCGUCCUGCACGAGGAACCUUUGGUGCUUGAGGACAUUGUGAAUCCUGAAGUCCCACAGAAUUCUCCGCUUUCCGAGGGCGUCUCAGGCCAGGAUGCCGUAGGAUUGGAGGAUGAAGGCCUUAGUGACUCAACCCUCGACCUCCUGCUGUCCGAAACUGACUCACAAAAUCCUGAGGUGACUCCUGAAGUGGCGGAACUGACUCAAGAUGUGAUCCAAGAUGAAAUGACUCAAGAUUUUCCACUUGAACUGACUCACGAAGAGGAGAUGGUGAAGGAAGGCAUGUCCGAGGUGACUCACGACCUGACUCACCACCAGGAGGAUCUGACUCAGGAUGUCACGCACCAGGAAGAUCUAGCCCGUGAAUUGACGCAUGAACUGACUCACCAAGGGGAAUUGACUCAAGAUGAAGGAUUUGGUCCGGAGGAAGUGACUCAUCUUGAAGAUAUGACUCACCAUGACCUGACUCACCUGGAAGAUAUGACCCAUUUGGAAGGCAUGAGUCAUUUGGAAGAUAUGGGCCACCAUGAUCUGACUCACCAAGAGGAUAUGGGUCACUUUGAAGACCUGACUCACCUUGAAGACCUGACUCACCUUGAAGACCUAACUCAUUUCGAAGACUUGACUCAUUUGGAAGAUUUGACUCACCAUGAACUGACUCACGAAGAGGAAAUGACUCACCAUGAUCUGACUCACCCAGAUGAAGUGAGUCACCAUGACCUGAUUCACCCAGAUGAACUGAGUCACCAUGACCUGGCUCACCAAGAUGGAGUGGGUCACCUUGAUGAUCUGACUCACUUGGAAGAAGACAUGACUCAUCUUGAAGACAUGGCUCACCUCGAGGAUCUCACUCACCACGACCUGACUCACCAAGAUGAAUUGAGUCACCUUGAGGACCUGACUCACUUGGAAGACAUGACUCACCAGGAGGAGAUGCCUCAGAAGAUGAGCCGCCAAGAGGAGAUGACUCACGAUCUGACUCACCAGGAAGAGGACCUGACUCAUAAGGAGGAAACGAGUCAUCUAGAUCUGACUCACCAGGAAGAGAUGACUCACCAGGAAGAGAUGACCCACCAAGAUGACCUGACCCACCAAGAUGACCUGAUCCACCAAGAUGACAUGACCCACCAAGAUGACCUGACCCACCAAGAUGACCUGACCCACCAAGAUGACCUGACCCACCAAGAUGACCUGAUCCACCAAGAUGAUCUGACUCACCAAGAAGAAGCCAACCCAUUUGAAGGUCUGACUCACUUGGAAGACCCAUCACUGCUCGAGGCCAUCGCCAGAUCAAACCAUGAGACUCACCAAGGCUCACCUGACUCACCCACAGACCAGAUGGAUAAGUCAGGUCACGCCCCGGACACGGCUGAUGACACACUGGUUGACCCCUCAGCUGAACCCGAGCCAGUACCUACCACGGAAACCCCAGAGGACCUAACACUCUCCCCUGCAGAAGGCGCAGAGGCACAAAACCCUACAGAGGACAAGGCUGGUAGCGCGCCCUCGGUAGUGAACGAGCUGUACGGCAAGGCAGGGGAAGCAGGGGCGGCAGGGGACAGGGGGAAGAGCUUAAAGGAAGGGGAAGAAAAGGAAUUGUUCCCAGCUGAAACUGAAAUGAGAACUCGUAGUAAAAUUGAGAUCAAGGAAGUGAAUGGACAGCUGUACGAAUAUGAAUAUAUAUAUUAUUAUGACGAUGAAUACCCUGCCUACGAGGACUACCAGGCUGUCGACGUGGACCCCGCCCCUGCUGCUGACCCUGCCGAGGACCUCAAUGCUGACCUCCAGGUUGCUGACACCCAGACUGAACCAGCCCCGGAUACCACCACUACUACUACCACCACUACUACCACCACUCCUGCACCUACCACUACUACUACCCUGCCGCCGACCACCACUGUGCAUAGUCGAGGCUUUGGUAGGUCACGUGAGCGCAGCAGGUCCCGGGGAAGCAGCAGGUUCCAGCAGGAGGAGGAUGAACUGUCAACCACAACUGUACGUACAAGAGGCAGCAGCAGAAGUAGGAGCAGGGAGCGCAGCCGUCUAAAUGCACUUCCAGACGAGAAUAUUAUCGACGAACCGCGCGCCAGGGCAUUCCAGUCAUCCAGAACCUCUUCCAGAUCCCCCUCCAGUCGCAGCCGUUCACGCAACACCAUCCGCGGGACAUCCAGGGAGCCGGUAACAGUUGAAGAGGAGAAGCUUCCAUCCAGCACAAGAUUCCCUCCUCGAGUCACCACUACUACUGAGGCACCGAGAGAGAGAGAACCGCUGUUUGAGGAGGCUGAGCGUGUGGGCCUUGAUGACCACCACGACAUCCCCCUCCUGCCGGGAUUAACAGGUGAUCACGAGGGACCUGUCGAUACCUCAAGGGACGCAAGGGUUCUGGAAGCUGAUGUACCUGUGACAGAGGCCCCCACUACGACGUCACCUGCUGUGUCUGCCGUGACUCUAUACGCCCUCACUGCUGCGAUGGAGGCGGAGGAGCUGCCGACCACCACCACCAGCACCUUGGAUGUAUAUGACUAUGAUACAGAGGUCCCUGCUGUUGAUUAUUAUGAUUACUAUGACGAGGCCACCGAACCGCCCACAACACCUGAACCACAACCCGAACCGGAACCGGAACCGACCACUGAGGAACCUACUACCACUACCACCACCACGACGACCACCACCACCACCACAACCACCACAACCACGCCGCCGCCCACUACCACGACCACGCCACCACCCACCACCACACCAGCUGGUCGAAAUAGGUUUGGGUUCCGUCCACGAGGUUCCCCAAGGCUGCGCACUUCAGGUUUGUCCCGAUUCGCCAAGACCAGCGACACCACGACGACCACCACCACCACCACUACCACGCCUCGGCCUAGCAGGUUCGCCAGCAGGAAUAGAUUCAGCGGUACCUCAAGAUUUAGAAGCAAGGGCAGAACAGCGACUAAUGAGGAGGAGACAACAGUGACCGCUGACCCCACGCCCACCGCCCCAGCCCCGUCCCGCAGCCCCGUCGGGUUCUCCAGAUUCAACAAGCCCCGCCGUGGGUCCUUCACCCCUCGAGGACGUGGCACAACAAAGGAGGAGCCUGAGGAAGAGACCAUCUCCUCACCAUCAGAGUCCCCUUCACUAUCAUCACCGUCAUCACCACCAUCAUCACCACCAACUGCCCCGACGGCAUCAAGGCGCAACAGACCACGUAUUGGAGGCCUCUUCAGCCGUAGGAACAGGAACAGAGGUCGGGGGAAUGAGGAGCAAACAGAGGAGGCACCAGUAGAAGCCCCUGAGGAAGUACCGACCCCAGACAUUGCUGAAGAAACCCCAGUGAUUGAGGAUAUUGAGACAGACCCCAGCCUAGACCCUGCUGAACCCACAGUACCAGCCCCAGCCAGCCCAACCACAGCAGCUCCUACUCGCGGCAGAAGACCAUUCAAUAGGCACAGGUUUGGGGGGCGUGGCUCCAGACCCAACGCACCUACAGAGCCUUCACAAGCAGACGAGGCAGCUGACGAACCCUCACCGUCUGCCCCCUCACAGUCACCACCGUCCACUGGUUCGCGAUCUCAGUCUCCCGCUAACCGUCGCGCUGGCCUGCUCAACCGCAACCGCGGCACCCUGUCCAGAUUCAGAGGGCGUGGCAGCAACAGAGGCCGCACGGAAGCACCAGAACCUGAAGUAAACGUGGAAGAGGUGAUUGAAGAAGCAGAGCCACAGGAAACUCUAUUUGAAGACGCACCAGUGGAAGUUGAGGAACCGCCUGUAGAAGAGGUAGAAGUGACACAGGAACCAGAGCGCAGAGGUGGCGGAGGGCGUCGUGGCGGCUUCCUAGGGCGUUUCAGAGGCCGCCAAAACAAGGGCCCAGAGAAACCAGCCCCCAAGAAGCCCCAGCAGCCCUCGCCAGCUACGUCAGCCCCCUCCAGACGGUCCGGAG